UGCUCUUCGCAAUAGAAAACCCCGAUUCUGUGCACGGAUUGCACCUGAAGCACUUAUGAGCCAACCAGGCCCUGGCCAGUACGACAGAUAGUGAACUCGCAAAGUCACAUUUGUAACGGUUCUCACGAUGGCGUUUCACCUGACACCGCUUGAAAAUCUCACGACCGAGCAACUUGUACUUAUCGCUGAACACAGGAACAGGAACGGUUUUCACGCUCACUACACUGGUGGCUUCGACGCCAGCAAGAAGUUUUUCCAGUUCACCUGCCCCAGCUACAUGAGGAGCGGGUGCGUCGUCAUGACACUCUUCGAGUAUCCAGCUCCGAGCGGCCUGAAGGGUGGACCCGACGAGGACUACCCGAUUUCCCUUGGCACGUUUACCGACCACGAAGGUACCUCUGUGAAACUGAUCUUUCGCGGAACAGACCAAAUGAAAGUGGAGCGACGCCACAAUGGAAAUACAAUGAUUCUUGAUUCUUGGGAAGGCAGGAAUUCAGCAGGCUUACAUAUUCUCCAUUACGAGAUAGAAAACAACAGUUUGCAGAUGUUUCUUGAUGGUUACUCAGUUACUCCUUUUCACACUCAGUUGGCCGGACCCGAUUUCGAGUCUUAUGUGGUGCUGGGCAGCGACCGAAACCUAAUGCUAGCCCCAUUCGUGUUCUACGAGUCGCACUACACCUUGGAUAAUGUGGCACCGGCGAUCACGAUUCCCCCAUUCUACAACCCAAACGCAGACUUCUUUUUUCCUCACGUGAACGUUCAGGUCGCCGUGGGAGGCUAUGUACUUUGGUAUGGAGCGUGGCUUCCGGGGACAGAUGUCGCAGCACAAGACAGAAAUGGAACACGCUUAGCUGGUGCAGUGCAGAGUCCUCAAUCGGGCGAGUUCAAGUUGCUGCUCAAGUUCUACAAGGGCGGCUGUGCCUUGUCGAACGCCGACGACGCAAGGAAUAUACCAAGACUGUGGCCAUCCUUCAAAAGCAUCAACUUGGAUCAACUAUUCAUCAAUCCUCAUCCAGUGUCCUUCUACGAGUUUAAAGCCGUGACGGGGUAUAUAAACUACUAGCAGCUUACUUCUCGGAGAACCGCAACAGUACCAGACAGCAGCGGCUGGCCGAAUCAAGAUAUUCCGUUUUUUCAAUGACGACAUGACCUGUGCUCUCUCCUCUGUUUGAGCCCUCAAUCUUAUAAACAAUUUCACCGCUAGUUUGCACAAACAAUUGCUUGCGUUUUCUCCUAAUUUCGGGAAUAUUACAAUGUCUUUAAUAAAGAUAGUUAUCCUGACA